CUGUGGACAUGCCAGUGACCGGUGGUUUUUGCUCCCAGGCUCCCAGAGUUGCCAAAGCGGUUAGAAGUCAUUUGGAAAGGCUUUCAGCCGAAUCUUUCUGAUCCAGAAGGCCAGCUGCCUUCCCCGGAGGUACUUUGGAAUUUUGCAGCGGCCGCUGAUCCUGGUCCAGGUGCAUGGGGAAGACGCUAAGGGCAUAAACCCAAACAUUGAACCUGAAGACCCGGCGCCAAGUAGAAACUGAAAGUACCCUGCUCACUCUGCUGGCACAUCCUACGGAAGUUAUGGCAAAGCCAGAGCGCCUGGCCGGCCGGUGAUGCAUGCGGCCCCUCCUGGAAUGGAUGGACCAGGCGCGGAGUGGGUGAGAGGAGCCAGCUUCCCGGACUGCCCUGCCCAGCACCGGCGUGCGGCCACUCGGCGGAUGACCGGGGUCUUGGGCGUGAUUAUGGGUGGUGAGAGCACGCUCCUGCUGCAGACCCAGUCAUGAUGACUACACCCACCUCCCGCAGACCAUGUUCCAUGUUUCUUUCAGAUAUAUCUUUGGAAUUCCUCCCCUGAUCCUUGUUCUGUUGCCUGUCACAUCAUCCGACUGCCACAUUAAGGAUAGAGAAGGUAAAGCAUAUGAGAGUGUGCUGAGGAUCAGCAUCGAUGAAUUGGACAAAAUGACAGGAACUGAUAGCAAUUGCCCAAAUAAUGAACCAAACUUUUUUAAAAAACAUCUAUGUGAUGAUACAAAGGAAGCUGCUUUUCUAAACCGUGCUGCUCGCAAGUUGAAGCAAUUUCUUAAAAUGAAUAUCAGCGAAGAGUUCAAUGUCCACUUACUGAAAGUUUCGAUAGGCACGCAGACGCUGGUGAACUGCACGAGCAAGGAUGAAAGAAAUUUAAAGGAACAGAAAAAGAAUGAUCCAUGUUUCCUAAAGAGACUACUGAGAGAGAUAAAAACUUGUUGGAAUAAAAUUUUGAAGGGCAGUAUCUAAACAGGACAUUCAGUAGUAACCUUCAAGAAUCGCCUGGUCCAUGCCGUUUGAGGGGUUGAAAUCCCCCCAGAAGUUGCUGGAUGCCUCCUGGCUAAAUGGACAGAGCAUCAGGGAGACCCACUAGAAGAUGGACAUGAGCAAUCCAACUGGUUGCUGCGAUCAGCACAGACAUAUGGACAUGCAUCAAUUGUACUGAUUUUGUAAGGGAAUCAUGUCAUCAACAAUACUUUUUUAAACCUUUCCAAACACUUCAAAAGAUACCAAGUCUGCAAGAUUCACGGCCACAAGGAUUCAAAGCCACCAUUGUUUUCUAGCAAAAUGAAGAUACGUGCAUCAGGAAACCACCUGAGGAGAGGAACUGUCACCUUGUGGACUGGAGACUCUGCAGGGCUCAUGGUGAUGAAUAAUGCUCAUGAAAACAAGAGUCACACACCUUAAACUGACAGCAGCAGCAGCACCAAAAAGAAGCUAAACGCACUUAAGACACAUAUCCAGAAAUGUAGUUAAACAUGAAUGUAUAACACUUACCUUCAGUAAAGAGCAUAGCAGAUAUUUUUAAAUAGAAGAAUUUUUAAAGAUAGAAAUGCACUUAGUCCAAAGAUACUGAACCUUAGUAUUCGGUCACUUUUGUCAUUUAUGUAUAAUAAAGCUUGUAUAACUGAGUUUUCAAUUUGGGAAGUAUAUUUUUAAAAGAAUAAUAUAUGUUAGACUUUGAAUUAAUGUAUAUAUUUAAUUUUGACAUUAUCUAUAUAUAAAAUAUUUUCAUACACUACCAACUGCCUACUUUGGAAAGUGCCUCUUUUUAAAAUAAAGGACCUUCGUGUUAA